GGCAGGACGCAGGCCCUGCCGUGGGGAGCAGAGACCACUCCAGAGUUCUCAGGCUACGCAGCCGAUGGCGAAUCUCGCAGGGCUUCUCGCACCGUGUCUGUGGCUUCUCUCUCUGAGCUUUGCCUCGCAGCAAUGGCAGGAUUCCAGCUGCACUUCUUCUGGCACACUUCCUGCCGCGAAGAUGUUCCUAUCGACAAUCUCUGCUAAUGAGGGGGACACUGUCAGUGGCAGAUGUUUAAUCCCCGCAGGAGACGCGGUCACCAUUGUUUUCUUUUGUAAGGAUGGGAUGGAAAUUUCAAGGUUGCAAGCCAGGAGAGAAAAAUUCUCUUAUGAUUUAGCUUACAGAGUGGCUGGCAGCUCAGGCAAUAUUUCCUGUGGAUACAUGUACAGAAAAGACAAUAACCAGGUGUUAAAUUCUCUACUGAGCAUCUCUCGGUACCUGAAGGUAACAGGUGCCAGUUCCAGGAGCAGCAUGACCGAGAAUCCACCUUAUCAAGGACUGGAAAAUGAUACAAUAUUGGCAAUUACAAUUCCUGUUUUGGUGGGUGUGAUUUUGGCUCUUGUUCUGCCCCUGGUGUAUUACCUUAAGAAGAAGAAAGGAAAAAAUCUAAAUGAGUUUGUGAAUUCUUCUCCAAUGUUUGUGAUAAGCUCUGAUGAACUCUUCGCCUAG